AAUAACUUUGGUGUAAACCCAGCUUAAUAGACAAAGAAAUAUAGGGAAUCUAUAUUCUAUACAUAGAGAAUAUUCUAAUCAUUGAUAAGUACGGUAAUAAUUCUAAUGACUGUAGUAAGUACAGUAACUUAUUCAUUUUAUAACAUAAUUUAUAUUGAUAUUAAUUCCACUCUUGUAAGGCACAAAACAUAACGACAACAGCAACACAGAGAAUGAGACAAGUUCUGAUGCAAAGAGGUCAUUAUGAAGGAGAGAGCAUGAAAUUACUGGCCAAAUUCUACCUGCUGCUAACAGUCAUCCUGAUUGUGAACACCCUGCAGAACAUUUAUUACCUGGAGGCUGAUCAGUUUGAAGAGAAGGUUUUUCGCUUCAAAAACAUCAACAUGCUCAUCUGUGGACUUGCCUAUCCUCUUCUAGAUCGGUCGACCUACAGAUUGAUCUCCUAUGUUGAAGACCGCAGCCGGCCUUCAGAUCUGACUUUCAAACCGACUCCGUCAAGGUCACAGCUUCAGCAACAAGUGAACUCUGGACUGAACUACGUUGACCGAAUCACCCACAUAGUCGUCAUCACAAUAGUCAGUACCCUGUCAGUUGCGCCGCUGGCGACCGCCAUUUUAAAAAUUUCCCGCCAAAUCUCGUCAGGUGACCAGCUUGACGUCACAGAAUUGUCCUUGCCGAUCUCUUUCUGGUAUCCUGAAAAGUACGCAAACUUAUUUGUCUACUCAGCGCUUUCUGCACUUCAAAUGUUCUACGUCUAUCUGUUUGCCGGAUAUGUUUACUGUGAUCUGACGUCCAGUUUUAUGGCGCUAAAAAUUACAAUUUAUGAUUUGAAGUUCCUGUGUUUGACUGUUGAGGAGUGGGAUAAAAAAGUGAAAGAUGUUGAAGGUGGGAUGAAAAUAAGGGAAGAUGAAGGAGGGAAAUAUGUUCAGGAGAACAAAGAAGGGAAUGGUGAUGAUACUUCAUUGAUAAGAAGCAACAUUGUGAGUGUUAUAAAGCUUCAUGAUAUGAUAUGCAGACGUUCAAGCAGUAUGAACAGAGACUUUGAAAUGAUUUACACAAUCUACAACAAUACAAUCUGCUUUCAAAUUUGUGUGUGUCUUUACAUGUCAGCUAAGAUGGAUGAUCUCAUUCUGAAGGCACAAAAUAUAUUGCACAUCAUACCAUUGGCAGGAAUUCUAUUUGUGUAUUGCUUCUACUCCCAGGAAAUACUGAAUGAGGGAGAAAAAUUCAAAGCAAAACUGUGGGAAAGCUCGUUCGUUGAUAAGCCCAAAUGGUACCGAUCUUCAAUGCUCAUCAUAAUGAUCCGCAACGCAAAAGAAUUGGAAAUGAAACCAUUCGGUGUCUACGCUCUGAACUUGAGGACAUUUUCUGUGGUGAUGAAAGCUGCAUACUCUUACUUCAAUAUGCUGAAUUCACUCAAGAAAAGAAUUUGAAAAAUGAAGUCGACUAUUAUUUGCUGUUUUAUCAGUAUUGACCACUUUUAAAAAUUUGGUCGUCUUUGUUAUAGCUGGUCUCAAUUUAUAUGAUUAUUUUUUUAUAA